AACAAAAUAUAAACACUUCCUGAUGUGUUGACUACUUGACGCUUCUUUUAAAAUGAACUGUUAAUUAGUUUAGUAAACUUCACAAUGCAAUAGUCUGGGAUCAGUUAAUUUGCUGUAGUUGGAGUUGUUUGCUGGAGUUGAUUUCCAUUUCCAUUACAAAUUAGAAACCGAAGCAGUGCAACAAGCAACACCCACCCAAUGUCUAGUAUGAAUCAAGCGCCCGAGGGUGGGAGCACAGAGGGAGCACUUUCUGUUGAGUCAUUGAGGAUAUCUGUCCGCAUCUGCUUGGACCGUUUCUGUUGACUCCAUAUCUGCACGAGGAAACAUCUAUAAACUGCACCGGAUACAUAAAUCCUUCUCUUCAAAGGUACAAAAAUGAUCUGCUCUGGUCUGCUCACUGCCAGGAAGGAACCAGUUCCUCUGAAGAGUGUGGAGGUGGAGGUGGAGGUGAGGGACCAUGUGGCUACAGUGGUCUCCACUCUGAACUAUGAGAACAAGGAGGACAAACCACUGGAGGCUGUUUUUGUCUUCCCUCUGCCUGGAGAUGCUGCUGUCUGUCAUUUCAGCGCUAAGAUCGGACAGACACAGAUUGUAGCUGAGGUGAAGGAGAAGCAGGAGGCUCGGGAGGAGUAUGAUGACGCUUUGAGCUCAGGUCAGCAGGCUUUCCUAUUGGAGGAGAGUGAUCAGAGUCCAGAUGUAUUCUCUCUGAGUGUGGGCAGUCUGCCUCCAGGAGAGAGCGCCUCCAUCAGGCUGGAGUACGUCACUGAGCUGGCUGUGCAGGCUGAUGACGGGCUGCGGUUUUGCCUGCCUGCUGUGCUCAACCCUCGCUACCAACCUCAGGCAUGCGGAAGUAGUGACGGUGCCAGUGUCCAGGUGACUGCUGUUCCAGCCUCUCUGGUGCCCUACAGUCUGUCCUUCUCUGCCCGAGUGUCCUCUCCUCGUCCAGUCUCUAAAGUAGAGUCCAACUGUUCCCUGGACCCUCUGCAGUACCUCAACACAGAGCAAACGCAGGCCACGGUGAAGUUGGCUGCAGGACACAAGUUUGACAGAGAUGUUGAGCUGCUGAUUUAUUACAAAGAUGCCCACCAGCCCACUGCUGUGGUGGAGGCAGGACAGGCCUCUGCCAAGCCUGGCACUCUGAUGGGUGAUCCAGUGGUGAUGCUGAGCCUGUACCCUGAGUUCCCCCAGGCUGUGAUGUCUUCAGUCGCCUCAUGUGGAGAGUUUGUGUUCUUAUUGGAUCGAUCUGGAAGUAUGGAUUGUCCUAUGAACAACAGCAGUAGUGAUCAGACUCGCAUUGGCAGUGCCAGGGAUACUCUGCUGCUCCUUUUGAAAAGCUUACCAAUGGGCUGCUAUUUCAACAUCUACAGCUUCGGGUCCAGCUAUGAACACAUCUUCCCUAAGAGUGUGGAGUACAGCCAGAAGACCAUGGAAGAGGCUCUGAAGAAAGUUGAGGAGAUGGGCGCUGAUCUGGGAGGAACAGAGAUCCUGAGGCCCCUCGAACACAUUUACAGUCAGCCCUGCAUACUCAAUCAUCCUAGACAGCUAUUUGUCUUCACUGAUGGAGAGGUGUGGAACACCAAAGACAUUAUGAAUCUGGUGAAGAAGAAUUCAGGUUCCCACAGGUGUUUCUCUUUUGGGAUUGGGGAAGGGGCCAGCUCUGCUCUUAUCAAUGGGUUGGCCAAGGAAGGAGGAGGUCACGCUCAGUUCAUCACAGGGACUGACAGGAUGCAACACAUAGUGAUGCAGUCGCUGCGAUUUGCUCUGCAGCCAGCUGUGGUGGACAUCUCAGUCACGUGGGAUUUGCCAAAGGGAGUGUCUGCCACUGUCCUCUCUCCACCAAUCACAGCACUUUUCCAGGGUCAGAGGUCACUGAUUUAUGCCCAGCUCACCGGACAGAGUUCAGAGGCAGGAGAGGGCUGUGUGACGGUGAAGUACAGCCUGGCAGGUCAUCCCUCUCAGAACCAGCUCCACUUCAGUCUCAGACCUGCAGAGGACUUUGGAUUAACGGUCCACAGGUUGGCUGGGACUCUGAUUCGCUCCCUGGAGGUGGAGGAGAGAGGCCGCAGAGGACAGCAAGAUGGAGGAGUGAAGGAGAAGGUGGUGGAGCUCAGUGUCCAAUCAGGAGUGAGCAGUUCCUUCACUGCCUUCAUUGCUGUCAACAAAGGCGACGGCGAGGCGAUUCAAGGACCUCUGGUGCGCAGAAACGUUCCAACACCCAGCCCAAUGAUGAUGGCCUAUAGCAUGGCAGCAUUUCCUCAGCCAGCUGCCUGUCGUGGUCAAGCUCCACAGGCCUGUACGCGGCGGCGGCGUUCCAGGCCCCGUGCUCAUCAAUACAACAUGUAUGAAGCCUACUCGCCCAAACAGCCGCCCAGAGACCCUUUGCUGCAGUUGGUCUCCCUCCAGAAGGCGUCUGGCAGCUGGGUGCUGGAUCCAGCUCUGGCUGCUGCACUGGGAAAGACCAGCGAGGAGGUGGAGAACCCUAAACCUGCAUCGGUGAACCAGGAAGUGUGGGCCACCAUUCUGGCUCUGAUCUGGCUUCAUGGUUUCAAGAUGGAUGCUCAGGAAGAGUGGGAGCUUCUGGCUAUGAAGGCUGUGUCAUGGCUCCGUGCUCAGAAUGCACCAUGUGUGACAGAGUGUGUGGAAGCUGGAAAUGCUCUGCUGGGUUGCAACGUGCAGAAAGACGCCCUGGGGCUCUGAGGUUUUCAUUAAAGUGGCUUCUCCUUCAGGACUGGUACACAGAAGCAGAUCUAUUCCACAAACUUUAUCAUUUUUGCACUGUUCACAUUUAGUUAUGCAGCUGUUUGUUAAGCCCUUGCAUAUUAACUGAUGUAGUAAAAUAUCAGUUGACUAAUUUGCAAGAUACUACAUCCAACCAGGUUCCGACAUGUGACAAAGAGUUGUUCUUUUGCCUUAAAUCUUAAUUGUACAUGAAUCAGUUUUACUUGUGAAAAUAAAAGUCUGAAGAAUGUGUGAAUGAAGAAAUACAAGCCCUUUAGCAUCAAUGUGAGGGGACACAUAUUUAAGGCUGACAAAGUAUUUUGGAUGCUGCAAAAUAUGUAAUUAUAAAUGUGCUUUUGAUUAUGCCUGUUUAAUUCUGUGCUAUGAAGGUGACAGAAGAUGUGUUCAGGUAUAUCAAUCACUGUAGUAUACAGAAUUGCUAUAACAGACAAGCCUAAAAACUUAUAAAGUGAAGUAAGGUAGUGUUUAAGAGUUCACAUUGACCUGAACAUACUUUUAUAUUUUUUUAAAUAACUUCACAUCGCUUGUAUUUCUACAGUAACUGUCAAAAUAGCAAGACACAAUUUGUCAAUCCUCAAUUUUAUGAAUAUGUCACCUGCAGUAUUCACCUUGAACUUUAACAUCACCGCUUGUUACAUGUGACAAUCUUUCCCACUAUUUGGGCAGCCUAAUGAAGGUAUUGUAAUAGAAAACUAAAAUAGUCAACUGUGUGAAUCAAGUCCUUUUAUUUGUGCGUACAAAGAGAAGAACCUGAAUGGCGUUUCCUCCUGACAUUCGACAUCUCUCUGCCUUUAUUGCUCUCAAGUGGCAAAGAAACAAACGCAUGUGACCUCAUGCAAAUUCUGAUUCAAUUCUGGCAUUUAGUCCUAGAAACGUCUCAAGCUCACAGCCAUGUUAAAGUAUUGUUUCAAGUCUGGUAUUUAACAUACAAUCCUAAGCACAUGCUGAAAA